GGAGCGACCUCGCACCGCGGCCCCCGCACCCGCGUGGCUGCCCGCACCCCGGAGGCUCCGCCGCGCCCGGGAGCCCUUCGGGCCAGCGAGGGGGCCGAGUCUGGCGGCAGAGGCCGCGGAGAGGCCGCCCCGCCCCCGCAAGGCGCUUUAAGAACCCCGGCGGCGACCGGAACCGCGGCUGCGGACGGGCGAGACGUGAAAAGGUGAACAUUGGCCAGGGAGGCAUACAAAACCGGUUUUGCGUAAAAGUUGGUGAUAACCUACCGAGAAGCUAUCAGUUGCCUCCUGAUAGCCUCUUGCAACAAGAGCGCUCUGUCGUGCGUGCCAUCUCCCAUCAGGUCUGCACGAGUGAAAAGUGCUGAAGGAGGGUAAUAAAUCGAACCUGUGCGAUUUUACUGUUCGAGAAAGACAGACGACAGUUUGAACCAUGGCAAGCCAGGCGUUUUCCCCAGAGGCUGCUUUCCCUCAUGGGAGGCGGAGGGAGAAAUGGGACCCCAGGCUUCUUUCAAGGGCAAGGACUUGAUGGCAAAAAAAAGAGAAUGUCUCCAGGCCUACAGCUGGUGGAGAACACCCCAAAAGAAACGGAAGAAAAAGAACAAAAUAAAACCAGGAAGAAUAGAGUUUGUCCCUAGUAGUACUAACACAACCAGACCAGAUUAUUCAAUAUUUGUUGGGGAGCUGACUCCAGAAGUAGAUGAUUUUCAGCUCUAUGACUAUUUCCUAAAGAGGUACCCUUCAUGUAUUGACUGCAAAAUAGCAACAGACCUGCUGGGAUAUUCCAGAGGGUAUGCCUUUGUCAGAUUUGGUGAGCAAGGUGAUCAGAUGAGGGCACUGCAAGACUGCCAGAAUGCACCAGGUCUGGGGGGAAAACGAAUCCGGCUGAGCAUAGGAAUUUCUAAAAGACUGAAAGCAGAAUUCCAGCGGUACCAGUCAUACAACUAUAAUGAUUAUUACCAAGAUUAUCAGAACUACUAUUCACAAUGGAAUUACGAUCCUUAUGCUGACUACAACUACAGCUCCUAUACUCCCUAUGAUAGCAUGCAAGCUGUUGGAGACUGCUCUUUAGGAGAUGCUGUUAUGGCUCCAGCUGUUUUUGAGGAAGCUUCAGCUAUGACUGAAAUCAAUGAUGACCUAAUAACUGAAGAUCCACAGCUGUACUUGGAUGUUGAUGAAAUGAACAGACAAUUUAUGGAGACAAGUGAAGAACUCUAUGAUGCCCUCAUGAAUUGUCACUGGCAACCUCUGGAUACGGUCACUUCUGACAUCCCCUCUGCUAUUUAAGUGUCUUAUAUAGCAUGACCGUUAUGACCAAGGUGCUAAAAUUACAUUUCUUCUACAUUACUCUAGAUCAUAAGUUUUAAAGCACAAUGAUAGGUUGGGGUUUUUUUUUGCUAUGCUUUUGGCAGUUUCUGUAAUCUUUUUGUUUUGUUUUGUUCAUCACUUGGAGCAUCUUGAAAUCAUGUAAAUAUUCUAGAAAUGUAAAGAGUUCAAUGGGGUCUAAAGAUAGACUUGCCUGUGUAAAUAAAAUUUUGUUUCUGCAAACUGGCCAGCAAGGGAUUUUACUUAUAUAUGCGAAACACCUUCUCCUUCUGGCUUGUGGAGUUUAGCUGGAGGCAGUAGGUGUAUUUCACUUGUCUUUGGUAUGGGCAUCAGCACUAGCAAGAACUAACUCUCACAUACUUCCUAGUAUGCCUAGGCAAUCUUACAAGCUCUUAAUCUUAACAUCCUGUACAGUUUUAACAUACAGAAGAGUAAACUUGGAGCUGCUGUAGCUGCAAACAUUCCAAAGACUAAGGAUGAUACCUACUGAUAAUUUUAUUUCUGCUCUUGUUGUUAGUCUUCUUAUCUGACCUUUUACAGCAAAGAAACUGUAAUAUAAUACCUGUUCUUACACUUAAAAAUCCUUGGAGAAACCCUGUGGUUUAAAGAAGGAAGAAAAACCCAUCAGGAAUUAAAGUAUUCCAGUAUCAUCUUCAACUAAGUUGCACCCUAUCCUAAACAUCUGUUAUUUGUUCAGUCUUCAUGCUCAGAUGUUUCAUAGUGAUGAGGUUUAAAACAUUUUAGGAUGACAGUUCUCAGUAUUCAAGUCAAAAGAGGUUAGGGGAGAUGGCAAUGAAGAAAGUUCUGCUUUAAGAUAGCAACUUCUGAGUGGCUUCCUCUAAAUUAUUAUUAUCUGAAAGGGUAUAAAAUAUUUUCUAGUCAUAGGGUCCUAAAUUCCUGUUACUACUUAAUGUACACAAUGAAAGAAAUUCAGGCUGGAAACAAAAGAAUACUUUUUGAAGAGAAAAAGGUAUAAAUUAUCAUAUAGCUAAUAUAUGUGAAAGCUACUAAAGCUACUCAAGGCUUUUUGGUACUGAUGUGUGUUUUGGGGGCAGUCUAAACCAUAAUUGCUAGGAUGGCAGGUUUUUUUUUUCUUUAAUGACUUCAUUACAUUGAAGUGGUGGUCAUAACCCAUAUGCUGUUCUUAAAUGUGAAACUAGUACUGCAUUGCAGAGUGAUGACUUGGCACAGCAGGUCCCUUCUACCUGCUCACCAGAAUCUCCCUCUUUGCACUGUUUAAUUUCAGCUGGGACUUUUUUUUAAGUCCCAUCCAUGAAAUACAGAUGCUCUAAACUAGAAAGGACUUUUGAUGUGAUAUAGGAACUUCAUUCUUCCUGAAUUUUGUGCAUUGCAUAUGUAGAAAGAGAGAAAACAAAAGCUGUUUAUUUAGGCAGCGAGAUUACUAUCACAGUCCUAGAAUGUUUUCCUGCUUUGGAGAGAGCUAGUUGCAAAGUGGCUGAAAACUGGGAUUUUGUACAUGAAUGUUUCCCUGGUGUGAGCUGGUCAGUCUUUGGAGAGUCACAGUAGAGAGAGAAAUAAUGGGAAUGUGACAGAAAGUGGAAUAAAUGAAGCAAAGAGAAUCUGGAUGGGGAAGGGAAUUGUGUGUCUGUAUAGAAUUGUUUAACAGGAUUGUAGAAGGGAGGAAACUCAAGAUAGAUGCAGGCCCCUUGAAUUUGGAUGUGGGAGUGUUAAACUUUCAAAACCAUGCUGGAUUUGAUGUCACUUCAGUUGUAGUGCACAGUUGUGGUGCCUGAGCUUGGUAGUACAAACUGGUUGCUAGGCAAAGGAUUUUGUAUCUAGCAAGCACCGACAUCACAAGCUGGAAGAUUAUAACCCAGGCAGAGACCUGGAAGCUUCCCGCUUUGCAUAGCGUUACCUAACACCAUACUUUACUUGCAGUAAGUAAUUUGUGGAAACCUUUCAUUGUGUUACCAAUACUAAGGGUGCAUGUUGGCUUGGUAUAAAACUAUUGAGUAUCCACUGAUUUUUAGCUUUUAGGAGGUUGAUCCAUUUGUGAAUUACGUAAUAAGGAGCCCAUGUAGUUGUGUGAUUUCACUUUGAUCAGCACUGUAUCACCACAGCACAUAAACUUCAGAGUCUGUAGUCACUAUAUUUAUGCAGAUUUUACAUCUUAGCAAGGUCUCCACACUCUGCAUUAGAGACUGUUUUCUGACAUGCACCUUCUGUACUGGGCUGUAAAGUACCCAUAUAGUGAAAACACUGUUUAUGAAAUGUAGUGAAAGAGGUAGUUUGGGCCAUUAGUUGUGCAAACUUGAGAAAUUUUGGGGAAUAUAUUUUCUUUAGUCAGCAUAGAAGAAAAGUGAGGUGAAGGGGGGAGUCUGCUGGUUGCAGCCUGUGUGAUACUGUUUUAAAUAGGUCUCUUUGUUUUCUGUCUCCUGAGCCUUUCUAGUCUAUACUGCUUACCAGUUAGGAGUGCAUAUAUGGGAUCAAGAUACUGUGUGCAGCACACAUUCUUUACUGUAAAUGCACACUGAAAAAGCUGCUGUAUUGGUGUAAGCACAAAUUUGGGAAAAAGUGAGUGCAUCAGAUCUGCUGGCAUUCAUUGCUGAGACUUUUAACUGAGGAAACUUCCAGCGUUGGUCCAACUACUGCCUGAAUUAGCAAGCUUACACAAAGACCUGAACAUGUCCAUCAUACAGAUGCCUGCUCUCAGUUCUACAAAGAGCUGAUUUCAGUAGAAAUGUAAAAAAAAAAAAGUAUUGGGAGCAAUCUUUUCAACACCACACUAUUUCACUUUGGUUGUGUUUUGUCUGUUUUAUGCAGAUGAAAUGUGGAAUUUUUAAAGUCUGAUCAAGGGGUUUUUUUUGAAUAAUAUCUUAGUAUUGGUUUUAUAAACUCUUCAUUGUACCUAGCUGUGAUAGAUAGUGCCUUUACCUAAAACCCACUUAUUUCUUGAAGAGUAAUGUUUUUGUUUUCCACUUCUCUGAACAGAAAAGCUUUAGUACCAUGGUUUGAGGGGCUAAUGAUCCUGCAGUCAGUGAACAGGGAGAAAAAAAAAAAACAGGCUAAAAACCAGUGAAGACUGAAAAGUGUUCAAAAAGGUUAAAUGGUACUUAAGCCGUGAAUGUUUCUUUUUGCAGGAAUGCUCUUGGACCAACAGCUUCUUUCUAGUGCUACCUCAAAGUAACUUGCAGAUAUAACUCACAGGGAAGAUUGAUCAAAUGGUGAUGAUCACUAUCAUUCUGCUGGAGAUAUAUAUAUAUUUGCCUUUUGUUUUGUCUCAUUUUUAAUGACAUUUAUUUAACUUCAGUGACUCAUGUCAAUAGACGUUGUUUGACUACAUCAACAAGUAUUUCUGAGUCAUGACUUUCUUUAAAAGUAUGUUACCAUAUGGAAAUUGUUCUAAAUAGGUAAAAUAAGUAAAUAAAGCAGCACUUGAAUUUACAGAGCAAAUG